AAUCCCAUCCCACAUUCCUCUCUACAUCUUUAUUAUAUAUACAAUCAUGUUCCCUUCACCACCCUCAUCAUAAUCUCAUUCAUCAACACAUCAAUUCUCUCUCAUACUCUCACUACUCUCUUUGCUCUUUGUUUUCUCCACUAUGGCUGCACAACGAAACUUCCAAGACUACUUGCCUGUGAUGGCCAACAAGCUUGGUGGGGAUGGCCUAAUUGAUGAACUGUGCAAUGGGUUCAAUCUGUUGAAGGAUUCUGAUAAAGGGGUCAUCACCUUUGAGAGCCUCAAGAGGAACUCUGCCUUGUUUGGCCUUCAGGGUCUUAGUGAUGAAGAUCUUCGGUCCAUGGUUUUGGAAGGUGACUUUGAUGGUGAUGGUGCACUCAAUCAGUUGGAGUUCUGUGUUUUGAUGUUCAGACUCAGCCCUGAAUUGAUGGAGGGCUCAAAGAUGUGGCUUGAACAAGUCCUUCAACAAGAGCUUAAGGAUUAUUUCUAACUUUCCUUUUUUUUUUUUCUCCCUUACCCUUUUCAUUCAUUUGUCAUUUUGGGCUAUUUGCCAUAUACUUGUGUAAGAAAAUUGGAAAGAAAAAACAAAGAAAUGAAAUGGCAAAAUUGCUUCAUUUAAUA